AUGGCUGAUGGAGCUUCGCCAGCUAAGAAACAAAAACAAGAUACUACAGAUUUGCCAGAAUGUCCAUAUGGAGCCAGAUGUUACCGAAAAAAUCCGCAACAUUUUACAGAAUUUUCACACACAGCAGCAGCAGCAGUAACAUCAGCUGUACUUCCUCCCUGCAGGUAUGGAGUCAGCUGUUACAGAAAAAAUCUCCUCCAUUUUGCUGAAUUUUCUCAUCCGACAUCCCAUACCUCAGCUGCUACCAAUGAUGGCGGAAGCGACACUGAAGUUUAUGAUUCUGAUGAAGGAGAGAAAUCAAACGAAAAAUCCAGCAAAAAGCCAGAUAUUCUCAGCAAAGAUUUGUCUCUUGUAAAGAGAUUCUCCAAACUGACAGACGAGGAGCAAUUAGAGAAGGCCAAGAAAAUUGUUGAGGAUAAAAAUAGGGAGCUUGAACAAUUGCAGAAGCAGAUGCACAGUGGGCUACUAAUGGUUGAAGGUGAGGAAGAGGCCUUGAAGAAGUCGCAAACUACUUACUUCAGUUUGUUACCAGAACGAGCGUACAAAGAAGGGUCAGCAAGCCAGAUUCACUUCCGUUUGGCCGAGUCCCAGUUCUAUAGACUCAUGACUGGUGACUGCGCUAAAAAAACCCGUGUCACAAAAGUGGAGUACGUAGUGAGCCCACAUGUUGUCAAGAGAUUCAG